UGUAAUCUUCAUUCUCCAUGGUGAAGCAUAGAACUUAGACCUUACAUGAAGGUCUAUGUGGUGAAGUCCGUUUCAAAAUUGUUUAUCUCAUGCAGUUUUAUCUUCAUAGUUUAUCACGAUUAACAACAGUAAACUAAAGUAAUCAAACUGACCAUUGACCAACGACCAACACCGGCAACGGCGGCAAUACUCCUCAACAAGACGCCCAAGACAGCAAUAUUCUGCUAUAAUCUUUUUUUUCAUUAGCGUGACUACAGACUAAAUAUUAAGACUGAAGAGUAAAAUUCAAUUCUCGUCGUACUUGAGCUACACUGGUGUAGAUAAAGUUUCAUGUUUCUAGUUUUUAAUUUUAUGUGUUGAUAUAUGUUUCAUACGACUUAUUCGUCGUGACUCUGGUAAUCAAAUUAUUACAUCUAUAUUAUGAUGGAUAAAAAGAACGUACCUAUACAUUUCUAUUUACGAGCAUAAUAUCAUUCGAGAAUAUCUUCAAACUAAUAAAAAGGCAAAACUAGGUACCUACUUCACUAAAAUGGGUUUAUUGACCGAUCCAUCAGUUGGUCACGGUGCGUUGACCAGCAUAUUUGUUCGACAUCACAAUCGUUUUUGUGUAUUAAUGUAUAUUGUAUCUGUGGUACUGUUUUGUAUGCUGGCACACCAUAGUUUAAGCUCACAAACUUAUUUUUCUGAAAACGCCCUUCUUCCCGGAUUGGUAAAAGGCCAGUUGAACGACAAUACUGGAUCAUCAUACAGAGAUCAUUUUAGAGAACUUAAUGCUGAAGCACAACAUUAUGAAAAUGAAACACCUCAUGCAUACUUGAUCUCAAAAUUUAAAAAUUUACGGCUUGAAACUUACUCUCAUAAUUUUACAUUAAAUUAUCCUUUAAAAAAUAACACAAAAUAUACUGGACGUAAUGUAUAUGGUAUUCUUCGAGCACCUAGAAGUGCUAGUAUCGAAUCAAUAGUGUUAAGUGUGCCAUACAGAUCUCCGUCAAGUGUUUUUCACAGUACUCUACCUGGUCUUGCUGUUAUGUUUCAAAUUGCUCAGUUCUUUCGCCAUCAAAUCUAUUGGGCAAAAGAUAUUAUAUUUUUAGUAACUGAACAUGAACAACUGGGAAUGCAAGCAUGGUUAGAGGCAUAUCAUGGAACUUCCUGUGGUUCACUUGGUGUGUUAGACUCUGGAAAGUUAAGUGGCCGUGCAGGUGCCAUUCAAGCUGCUAUUAAUUUGGAAAUUCAUUCUGACAAAAUUGAUCAUAUUGACAUUAAAUUGUCUGGAUUAAAUGGCCAAUUGCCCAAUUUAGAUUUGGUUAAUUUGGCUCAUAGAUUAUGCAACAAAGAAUCUGUUAGACAUACAUUUAACAAUGUAGAUGGUGGAGCUAUUGGUCGUAAUAAAGUCAACUCUUAUUACACAAAUUUGAGCACAAUGUUGUCAAUGGUAAUGACUCAAGCUAUGGGAGUGCCUGAUGGUAACCAUGGUCUUUUUCAUAGGUUUGGUAUUGAAGCAAUAAUAGAAGGAUAUGAAAAAGAAGGACGAGGCAUUUAUUCCAGUGUAUUACAAGUUGGAAGGGUUAUUGAAGGCAUGUUCCGUAGCUUGAAUAAUCUACUUGAAAGAUUUCAUCAGUCAUUUUUUUUUUAUCUACUACCUUCUACUGAUAGAUAUGUUUCAAUUGGUUUAUACAUGCCUUGUUUGGUAUUACUUGUCGGUGCUUUGUUUUUGAAAGCUUUCUCAACUUGGAUUCAACAUUCUUCUGAACAUAAGCCGGGUGAUUUGUUAGCACAAGCUACUAUUCCUGAACACUUAAAUGUUGGAAUGGUCAGUGUAAUUACAUUGGGUUCUCAUGUCUUUGGUUUGUUGUUAUUACCAAAUUUAGCACCAGCAUAUUUUACACAUUUUUGGAAUCAUAUACCAACAAGUCGUGCAGUAUUACUAGGUUAUGGUUCAUUAUCUUUAACCAUUAUUUUUCUUCUACCAGUAAUAAUAAAAAAAUGUCUAAAUUCAUUCAAAUCUUCAAAUUGGGUAUUGUUACAUGUAAUUUGUUUAUUAGAACUUGGAAUUGGUCUGUUAUGUGUUUCAAUGCAUAAUUUUUCGCUCGGAUAUUUAAUUGCUCUUGUGUAUGUUCUACCUGCAGUUUGCACUAAAUCUAGUCAAAACAGUUUUAUAGUAAAAUGCCUUUGGUUACUUGUGCAUCCUAUGUACUUACUGUUUUGGAUUAGUAUAUAUUUCACUUAUACGAUAUAUAAAUAUGAAAUAUCGAUUACUGAUUAUUUUACCAAUGUAGUAGAGGUAUCGAGCCAAUGGAUGGUAAUGUCAACAGUUGAUAACAUGAUUUAUGGUAAUUGGGCAUUUACAGUUGGUGUACUGUUAUUGUUGCCAGUUUGGACAGCAUUUUGGUGUCUUAUGUUCCUUCCAACAGUUGUUUCAAAAAAAAUGAAGACAGAAUAAAUAAAAAAUAAUACGUGUUCA